UUCCUCCAUCUCCGUCCUUCCUCUCACGCAAAGAAAGCCAACACUUAAUCAUGGGUUCUAUCCAAAACCAGAGUUCCCCGCGAGAAGAGGAGGAGGCUGCGGCAGCUGCUUAUGCCUUGCAGCUGGCAACCUCCUCCGCCAUCGGCAUGGCAUUGAAGGCGGCCAUCGAGCUCGACGUGCUGGAGAUCAUGGCGAGGGCCGGGCCGGGCGCCGAGCUCUCGCCGGCCGAGAUCGCCGCCCAGCUCCCCACCGACAACCCGCAGGCGGCUGCCACGCUGGACCGCAUGCUGAGGUUCCUGGCCAGCUACUCGCUGCUCACCUGCUCCGUUGUUGCAGGUGAUGGUGGCCGGACUGCGAGACGCUACGGGCUCGCACCGGUGUGCCGGUUCUUGACCAAGAAUGGGGAUGGGGCAUCCUUGGCCGCUUUGGUGCUCAUGAACCAGGACAAGGUCCUCUUGGAUAGUUGGCAACACCUGAAAGAUGCGGUUUUGGAAGGGGUGAUUCCCUUCACAAAGGCCCAUGGCAUGACGGCAUUUGAGUACCACGGCACCGAUCCGAGAUUCAACAAGGUCUUCAACCAGGGCAUGUCAAACCACACCACCCUAUUCGUGAAGAAAAUGUUGGACACCUACAAGGGCUUUGAAGACCUUAAACACCUCGUGGAUGUUGGUGGGGGGCUGGGAGCCACCCUCCAAAUGAUCGUAUCCAAGUAUCCACACAUUCAAGGAAUCAACUUUGACCUGCCUCAUGUCAUCUCUGGGGCUCCACUUAUUCCAGGAGUGGUGCAUGUUGGGGGAGACAUGUUUUCAAGCAUUCCAAGUGCAGAUGCGAUCUUUAUGAAGUGGAUUCUACAUGACUGGAGUGAUGAGCAUUGCUUGAAAAUAUUGAAGAACUGCUGGAAGGCUCUUCCAAAUAAUGGGAAGGUAAUCGUCGCAGAAUGUCUUCUUCCAGAAGCCCCAAAAGCCAACGCUGAAACACAAGUGCUCUACUAUGGAGAUCUUGCCAUGUUGACGUACAAUAUUGGUGGAAAAGAGAGAACAAAGAAGGAGUUUGAAUCUUUGGCAAAGGAAGCUGGGUUUGCUCAUUUCAAAGCUGAAUGUUGUGCUCUUAACAUGUGGGUAAUGGAAUUCCUUAAAUAGGCAAAGGGAAUUCCUGGUUAUUGGUAUUCCUCUCUGGUUCAAAUUUUCUUUGUUUGUCAAUAAAGGGAGGUUAAAACCACCCGGAUGACCAGAGUCAUUGGAUAAAAAUUAUUUUAUAACGAUAUUACU